AUGCUAAACACAGAGCUACCGGCAAAGGCAGAGCAGCUUGACAGCCUCUCCAAGAGACUUGUUCAGAACAAUGGGAUGCUGCUCAACGACUCACCCACAUUCAUCACCCCCUCGGCUGCCCAAUUUGACCUCAUUUACGAUGAUCUUCUUGAUGCGGUUUUAACGGACGACAACGUCUUGAAUCCUCCACCGAUGCGUGCAUACUCGGAGGAUCUACCACACAGCGCUAUCACUUGCAAGAGUCAGCUUUCGAACAACAACGACUCACUAAAGUCACUGCAUAUAAAACACAGGCAUCGCGAACACUGGCCACCGUAUAGCCCUAAACCCACGAUGUUUCAAUCCAACGAAGAAACUGGCACAAAUGCAAACAACACAGGCAACACAAACAACGCAGAGUCAGACAUUUCCAUAACAGCAAAUACAUCCCCUUCACCUCCGCCAUUGACAGACAUGAACUCACACAUCGCCAAAAAAGGACUGUCCCAGCGGCUGCAGUCCCCCAGAGACGAUUUCAGGCUGUAUCUCAAGGACAACUACCUUUCUGCAGCAAAACGGGAGUACCCAAUGUCAGGUAAAUUGAGACAGCUCCAGAGUCUGUCUGAACAGGCUCAGUGCAAGAUCAUUAAGAGCGAGCGUUUGUCUGAGCAGUUGCAGGUGCAGCAGCAGCAGAAAGACAAAGAAAGAGAAAAAGAAAAGGGGCAUAGAGCGCCCCUAAUCUUCACUAAGGCGCAGGCAUCGCGCAAGGCGAGCCACGCCAGCGCGGCGAGGCUUAGGAGUCACAAGAGCCUAAUGCAGAAGACACAGCCCAAGGUGAAAGAGGAAGUGGCGUAUGUAUCUGACGAGGACGAAGUCAAGAGCAAAAAAGAAAACAUUCGACCUACAGAUACACGUGUGCACUUCAAACCAGAAGAGGUGUAUCGUCAGGCAUCCGACCUCCAUCACAAAACUUCAAGCUCCACCGUUUCAACGGAAAUCUCUACUCUAAUAACACCUCCUAGCACCCAAGUGGUUUUCCCAAACCAUAUCCCUCCACAGUCACUGUCGCUGCGGUACGAAGAGGACGGUGUGCGUAAGUCUGUACGUACAAGGAUCGCUAAAGGACUGCGCAUCAACCCAUCCAUUACACGAUAG